GAUCAGAAACUUGAGCAUCAAAUACAUAAGAGAAGACAAAAAUACCAGAGAAAGCUCUUUAGCAACGUCAUCGAUGCCAUCGUCAGUAGUUUCAAGGAGCGGAUGCCCACGAGCGACUAAGCAGAGAAGGAGAGCGACUUCAAGAUCGGACAGCUCCUGAGCCAGAUCACUGAGAUCCCAAUCGGCCAUUGUACUAUCAUGGUUCCUUUUUCUCAGCAAGAGAUAUAUUGUUUAUGCCGCGGGGGUUGGAAAGAGGCAACGUGGCAAUUCAAGCAUAGCAUCCAUGCCCUAGUCGCAUCCGAGCAGCAAGUCUGCCAUUUCUUUCAGCCUUCUUUCGCACUACUAUUAUUAUUUUUCAAUAUAUCAAUCACCACUGUUGGUAUAUCAAUCUCUAUCCAGGUAACUCAACCAGCUCCUAGAGCACCGAAAAGAACUACAGAGAAAACAGGCUCCAACGAGAGGCAACACACCUCUAGCGUCGUUGUCUCAUAUAUACUCGCCGGAAAUACCAUUCAUCUACGCGACGCAAUCGAGCGGUUUUUUAACCAUUACACUUGGCCGGUCUCCGCGAUCACAGAUCCCAAAGACUCCGGUCCCCAUUAAGAGCUCGAGAAAAAGUGCUGGAAGAGGAGCCAAGUUGGGACUUGUGUUAUGAAGGUGUCUAGGUUGGAGAGCACGCUCAUGAUACCAGCAAAUAUCGUUGCUGAGAGCCCUGAUAUGUUAUUUGUCUAAGCUAUCAGGGAUACGACAACAGCGAAAGCGUGGACAUUAGACACAUAGGAUCUCAAUCAAAU